GCCUCUGCUUGGGGACUGCAAAGGCAUGGGAUAGACCCAGAGCCACUUCUCUCGAUCUCCCCUCCAGCCCUCGCUCGUUUCCCCCCCUUUCAAUUAAAGUCUGUUCCUCGCUUCUAGUCGUUUUAGAGGUUUGUUGGUCAGUCUAGUACCUACCGGCAUUUCAUUUUUCCUGCCUGGGGCAGGGGGUGGGGGUGUCGCAGGGACCGGGGAUUUAUUUGGGGGAGACGGUUGUCCACCUCCCCCUGCCAAUUUCUCCCCCUCCCUUUUCGGCGGUGACUUGAUUUCCCCGCUCCUUUCCACUCCCACUCCUCGAACUCACCGUCCUGCACUCUAGUGACGCACCGACACCCCCCGCCCACAGCCCAGACGUUCCCUCCCUCGCUGCCACCCCGACCCGUCUUGGAGCUGGACCGGGUGCCGACCCGCAGAAGGGAGUCCUCUUGAUCAAGUGAGGAGUGCAGUGUGAGGACCUCUGGGCCUCUCUCGCUUCCUCAGGAAGACUGGAGAAGUAACACCUGUCCUGCGUGUUGGGAAGCUCAAACCAGCGAAACCAUAUGAAAAAGUCUUGCAAACUCUCCUGCUUCCACGCACAUGUUAGAGACGGGAUAUAUGUUGGGUAAAGGAGAAAAACGGAAGUUUGAUGAGUAUGAAGAUGGGCUGGAAGGCAAAAUUGUGUCUCCCUCUGACGGGCCAUCCAAGGUGUCUUACACCUUACAGCGCCAGACUAUCUUCAACAUUUCCCUUAUGAAACUCUACAACCACAGGCCCCUCACAGAGCCCAGCUUGCAAAAGACCGUUCUGAUCAACAACAUGUUGAGGCGGAUCCAGGAGGAGCUCAAACAGGAAGGCAGCCUGCGGCCGGUGUUCACCCCGGCUUCCCAGCCGGCCGACUCGCUGAGUGACAGCUUCCGCGAGGCCCCGCCCACCUUCAGCCACCCGCCGGCCCCGCCCACUCACCCCUGCGACCUCGGAAGCACUACACCCCUGGAGGCUUGCCUCACCCCGGCCUCGCUGCUCGAGGCGGACGAUGACACGUUUUGCACUUCCCCCGCCGCCGUGCCGCCUGCGGCGCCCACCAAACUGUCACCUCCAGCCCUGCCGCCGGAAAAGGACAGCUUCUCCUCGGCCCUGGACGAGAUCGAGGAGCUCUGCCCCACAUCUACCUCCCCCGAGGCCGCCGCCUCGGCGCCCGACGGCUCCAAAGGGGACCCCAGCCUGCAGAAACUCGAAGGGCUCCCCGAGGGCCGCGCCGACGACUCGAAACUGAUGGACUCGCUGCCCGGGAAUUUCGAGAUCACGACGUCCACGGGCUUCCUGACGGACUUGACGCUGGACGACAUCCUGUUCGCCGACAUCGACACCUCCAUGUAUGAUUUUGACCCCUGCACCUCGGCGUCGGGGACCGCCUCCAAAAUGUCCCCCGUGUCCGCCGACGACCUCCUCAAGACUCUCGCCCCCUACAGCAGCCAGCCCGUCGCCCCGAGUCAGCCUUUCAAAAUGGACCUCACAGAGCUGGACCACAUCAUGGAGGUGCUUGUCGGGUCCUAAGCCCCCGCGCCCUGCUGGUGCCCACCCAGGCCCUGCAGAGCCUUCCCGCAGCCCUGACACUUCUCCGCACUGUGCAUGCACCCUUGCUUGCCUUUUUUUUUUUUCCCAGAGUAAACGAACGUUUUACACAAGGAUCACACUAGUUUUUGCUUUGAGCAGAGUUGGAGUGCCUUCAUCCAAGUACGACCACUUUUCAUAGGCUCUUCGGGGCGGCUCCUGAAACCUACUACCCUGCAAUAGGAAAGAAGACAUUUGAAGACAAUGUUGCUAUGUUGAAUGACAAAAAAUAAACAGUUCGAGCAAAGCACAAGGAAUAAGUUGGAAAAGCUGUAAAUUGCAUGUGCAUAUUUGUCUAUUUUUUCUAUAAGUUUUAUUGCAAGAGGUAAAAAAAAAGAAUAUAUAUAUAUAUUAUUUAGAUAAUCUCAGUACCUUUUCUGGCAUUUUUGCCCUUGUAUAGGUUGAUUGGCAAUUCAGCCUUUUUAGAGGCAUUAACUACUCCUCGUAAGUGUUGCAUUUACAUGGCUGUUUAGAAACUGCUGCCCAAAUUUAUUUUAUAUUUUUGUACAGAUUCUGCAGUUUAUGAUAUUGUUUUUCUAAAAACAAAUGCUGUUUAUACCUAUGAGAUAGCUAUUUUGAUAGGAUUUGCUCACAUAGUUCCUGCAAACUUCAGAUGUACAAGUUGCACUUGUACUUUUAUAGAGUUGUAAUGUUUUAUAUGUGUUUGGUGCAAAGAGAAAAUUGGAUCAAAUCAAUCCGCAGUUGAUGUUCCCCAAACACUCUCUCUCUCUCUCUCUCUCUCUCUCUCUCUCUCUCUCUCUCUCUGCUUUAAGAAAGGGCCAGGCAAUAUCAUACCCAAAUUACACAUGCCCCUACCCCCUGGCAUGAACAGCCGCCUGCUCUUUGACUUCCAAAGCCAGAGCCACUGGAGCUCAUCAAAUUCGUAUUAAGCAGUUGGCGGUAGGAGGCCAUUGAACUUGGGGGUUUAAGUGAUAGUUCUCUUUAGCUCCCUCUCUUGAGAGGAUGGCUACCAAGUACUCACUGUAUUUAUGCCAAGUUUGUGCUCCUUAUUGUUUUUACCUUUUUAAAUGAAACCCAAGAUCAUUCCUUUUUGGCAUAAUUUUUAUGAUGACCUGAAAUUUUACAUCUGAACAAAAUUUUGUGAAAAGCAACCAACCUCUUAUAAACGAAGUAGAUGCAAUGCUUUGGGCAUACAAAGAGGAAAAUUUCCCCCAGAAGGCAUCCAUCAUGUUGCUCAGUUGUCUUUUCCAGCUCUGCUUCCCUAGAGCUUUCCUUCCCUCUGUUGCUAAGUGCUGCAAAUGGCAUCUUCGCAGUCACCACAGUGAGCUCUGCUCAUCUCAGCCCAGUCUGGGAUGCGCUCAUAACAUCCAUGGCUCUUGAACCUGGAGUUGGUCCCACUACGUCAUAUCUUCUGAUCUGGUUGCUUUCUUGAAUCGACUGCUUUAACAACACUGGUUACAAUUGUUUUACUGAAAUACAGACAGGACUCUCUAUGCAUGUUUCUCCUCUUUCCCCAUCCCCCCCCCCCCCGCCUCCCCCUCCCCCCAGAACACUUGAGAAGUAGCUCUGUGCUCUGUAUUCCUAGCUGUGUACAUUUAAUUUUAAACUGUUUGCGAUGUAUCAUGCUAGUUGCCAGAAAUUGUUUAUGGCUUUUUUUGUUUCAGUUUUUUCUUUCUUCCAGUGGUACUUUAGCUGGUUACAACCUAUAUUGUUGAAAUGCAGAUGGCUUCUUUAGGAAUAACUUUUAUAUUUAUUUAAGAAUUUUUAAAUUAUGGGAUUUGUGUUGUUGUCGUCUUUAUUGUUGGUCAUUUGUCAAUAUUCAGUCACCAAUUCUGCUCACUUCUUGCCAUGGAUAAAAUUGAGUCUUUCUGGCCAAUUAAAAAAAAAUACAGCUUUAUAAAAUGGCACUUUAAACAAGCCAUAGAUAGUUUUAUUUUUAUAAUGCACAUGGCAAAGCAAAUGCAUUUGUGAUGAAGGAACUGCUUAUCUAAGCAAAAGAUUGGUGUGUGAGAUGGUGAAAUCUUCCUGCAUUCUAAUUUACUUUUAUUUCCCCCCCACUUGAAUGUGUUUUUAAAGGCUAAUUAUCAUCUUGGUAGAGCAGUAAGAAACAUAUCAAAUUGCACUUGUUCUACAAGGGACCUCCACCCUGGACACCUCUGUCCUACUACAAAUAGGUCAUUUCCUUUGCAGGACCAGGGACCAUCAAGUUAGGUGAGGGUUGCUGCGGAUGCUUCCGGUGUCACUGUGCCUGUUCAUUUUAAGAGCUUCCUUUUCCUGUAGAGAACAAGUCGGCCCAGAUGCCAUACUUUUGAUAACUGGAGGACCCAGCAAACUCACCACAUGCUGCACACAUACACAGACGAAUGCAUACACAAUAGUGUUGAUGAUUCCGAACAAAAACAGGGUAAGGAGGUUGAUUUGCCAUUGUUAAAAACUGAUUUACAGUAACUUAGAACAACUGUACUUGGGUUGGAUUAGCAAAUCGUGUGUUUAAACAAAUCCCAUAUGUUGGGCAACAGUUCAAAUAAGCACAGUGAGCGUUGCCCAAACGUGGUUUUCUGACUCUCUUGUAUUUGUAAGGCUGGGCUUCGGCAUCAAAACAAAAUCCUCAGCAACAGCAGGCAAAUGCUUUUUAGCUCUGGACACCCUUGCCGAACACCGUUGAUGUUCAAGGUCUAACAAGGAAGACACGGGAAAUUAGUGGCCCAUUUCAACAAGAACAAAACGAUCAGUGUUCAACUUAUCUCUGGGUCUUAUUUUUAUAAAGUAAUGUCCCCACAAGGAAGAACAUGAGCCUGCGUGAGAGCUCCAGGUCCCGGUCCAAGUGCGGGAUGUGCUUGCAGACACCACCUGGCAGCAGUGCCUUCCCCUUUAUAAAGGACAUCAAGUGGCGCUAGCAUCAGGCAGCCUGAGGCGCCCGCAUGAGAAAGUCAUGCUGGCUGGGAUUGGGAGAGGACGAUUUCUGACUGGUGUGCAAUGAAGUGACAAGAUGAGAGCAGAAUAAUAAGAGCUUUGACUUUGAAGUGAUUUUUUUUCCCAUAAGUUAUUUAUUCCUUUUUUUUUCCUGUGUAAAUAUAUUUAUUUUACUGUGGAGCUCUAACAUCUGGAUCGUAACAUGUGCAGAAUGUACGGUAGGAAUGUAUUCUCUCGUAGGAAUGUAAAUCUGUAUUAAAAGGGGUCCAAUCCAGAUCCCUGGGUCUUCUCAUCGUAUGCGCAGUCCACAUUCAUUUUUCACUCUCUCCUCUAAUAUGGGUCUAUUUGAAAUAUGCAAAAGAUAUGGAUGAGAAAUGUUUUAAUACCUCCAAAUUUUUAAGAAAAUCAAGCAUCAAAGGGUUGAUAUUUUUAAACUUUUUUUUAGUAGCACUUUCUCUUUGUGACAAGAAGGGGCAACCACAGGACACCCUCUCUUCUACCAAAGGGUGAGAACUACCCGGAGCCCCCGCCGCACCUGUGUGUCUUUAUCAAUUGAGCUUUCUAUUGCCAUAACCCCUUGGCGUGUCCCGACUGCCCUAAGGUCAAUCAAGGAAACUUUCUUAAAUAAAUAAGCUCCAAAGAGCCAAAGUAUCAAUUUACAGAUAGUUUUUAAUGCUUAAAUUUAUUAGCCACCUUUGUGGCAAACAAUGAAUUAUGAAUACUGCAGGGCAGCCUUCUUAAGUGACAGGUGUAAAAUAUAAAUAAGAGACUCUUGUGCAGCGAUUGUUUUCUCUAUGAAUUGUCUUAAUUUCAAAACCUUGCUGUUACAAAUUGAACCUUUAUAUGUUUUUUCUGAAAAUAGUGAAAAGAUCUGAUUUAACCUGUUGUGGCUAUCAAUGGUUCACUCCCUGUAACUGCCCACGGCAGCCAGGUGUACAUGUCCUGCUUGUGAACUGUUCUCUGUGCUUCUGAGAAUGAGUCCAAAUGGUUCUUGAAAGUUAGCCAGGAUCCUAUGCUGUUGCUAACAAAGCCAAUAAAAGUUGUGGACGUCUUUUGGGGAUAACAAGUUUGGAAGAGAAGUGUAUUCCAUAAGAGCAAAUAACCAAAAUUUUGGAAAAUGUGUACAUAAUGACAUGUUUUGGUGCACGGUUUUGAGGAGGGCUUUUGUCAAAAAAGGGGGGAAAUGGGGAGGUGUAACCUUUCCCCCACAGACCUGAGAGCUGUGCCUUUUCUAUGCAAUAUUACAGACAUCACAUCGGAACCCAGAUGGCUGGAUCCACAUGUAGGUUUGGGCUGUAAUCUAAGCAAUUGGACAGAUUAAAUGUACAUGGAAAUGAGCAGUCUUACUUUUGUAGUUUUAUAUUAUACAAUAAACAGUUAAAAGAUGA